AUGGGUCGAGCUCCGUGUUGCGACAAGGCCAACGUGAAGAGGGGACCAUGGUCUGCUGAAGAGGAUGCGACACUCAAGGAUUAUAUCGAGAAGCACGGCACAGGAGGAAACUGGAUUGCUCUUCCUCAGAAAAUUGGCCUUAACAGAUGUGGGAAGAGUUGCAGAUUGAGAUGGUUGAAUUACUUGAGACCCAACAUCAAGCAUGGUGGGUUCUCUGAGGAAGAAGACAACCUAAUCUGCAGCCUUUACAUUAGUAUUGGAAGCAGGUGGUCCAUAAUUGCAGCACAAUUGCCCGGCAGAACCGAUAAUGACAUCAAGAACUACUGGAACACCAAAUUGAAGAAAAAACUUCUGGGUAGGCGAAGGCAGUCUUUGAACCGUUUAUCUUCCUCAAGAGAUGCAAGCAGUUCCAAUGAUGCUACAAGUUCACAGUCCUUGAGCAAUUCUGCCCUAGAGAGGCUUCAGCUCCACAUGCAGCUUCAGAACCUUCAAAGCCCUUUCUCUUUCUACAACAAUCCUGCACUUUGGCCCAAAGUGCCUCCUCUUUUGCAUGAAAAGAUGACCCAAAGCCUUCAAAUCUUGAAUGAAAGUCCUCAUCUGCUAAUGCAACCUACCCUCUCUAGUAGUUCAUCACCCAAAAAUGGCCAAAAGGCCGAGACAUACGAGUCCUCACCAGCUGCCACUCAUUCAGCUCCUAGUGAUUUUGCCAAUCUCAGCUUCAGUGAUGCUGAUUUCAAUGAGUUGGUAAAUUCCAUGACUAAUUGUGUUUCGUCUUCAGACCACUAUGUCUCGUUACCUGACAUCGGAGUUAAUUCGAUUGAUCAACCAAAUAGGGCACAGUUUCUCCCAGAUCCCAUAAUCCAAACUGAGCUGGACGAUUCUCUCAACUACAAUAAAUCUGAUGGAUCUAUGUCGCAGCAGAAUCAGGUAGAUGAAUUUGAUUGUUUCAAGGCCAUGAACAGUAAUUCGAGAGACACAUUGCAGGCUUUGUGGUGUGAUGAUGAGUACAAUGUGCAAUCGGCAUCCUCUUAUUCUUGGGAUUCAACUUCAGCGCUCCUAUGCGGGGGCAUAUCCCAAGAUUAUGGUUUCGGCUAUAACAUGUAGUAGUGGGUAUAAACCUAGACUUUUAUGAGGUUUUAUUUCUCAAUCAUAAUAAGACAUGGAAACUAUGGUGCUAUAGACAGCAAUGCUUGUAUAUCAUAUGAAUAAUGUGUAUCCAGGUUCUAGGCUUAUUGUCGGACCUAGAUUAUGCGAAAACUACUGUGCAUUUGAUCAUCUUUUUUCCAAUAAUGCGCAUUAUACGUUCUUGUAUCAU